GCGUUGUAGGACGGUUAGUCUCUUUAUUCUCGUGGUUCAUCCUGACGUAUAUACGUUAGAAAAACAGGUAUACGUAUAGGGAAUGUUGCUAAAGAUGCAGACGGUCUCGAGAACCUUGAUGAUUUCUUUGCUGAGGGUUUGGAAACAAAUGAUGGCGUAUUCAAUGAUCUCGAUUUUGGGAAUGAUAACGAUAACGAUAAACGAGUGAAUUACAGCUACAACAAUGAUUCAUCCGCUAUGGAUAUAGUUAAUAGCGAACCUGUCUCACCGAAGAAUCUACUGAGUAGCAGUCUAAGAAGGCAACCAUAUGCUUCACAGCCACUCCCAAAUGAUGAUCACAGUGAUAACGAAAUUUAUAAUGAGAUACCAAAAUCUCAGCCACUUCCAAGUCGACGUCAACACAAACGCAAAUCGCGUCCGGCGACGCCGCCACCACCACAGCGUGAUGAGAAUUCACCGGCUAGUAUGCAAGACUUUGACGAAGGGCUUCCUGAUGAGAAUGAUAAUCGUGAAAGCGAGGAGAGGCACGCUCGCGAGGAAGAACAAGCGCGUAUUGAAGAGAAAAAACAGAAAGAACAAGAAAAGAAAAAAGCCACUGAGACUAAAAAGCGUGACAAGGAGAAAGCAGAGCGCGAGAGACGGAGGAAGGAGAGGCGAGCCCAGCUUGAGCGUGAAAAGAAGCGACAACAGGAGGAAGAAGAGGAAAAUUCCCGCGAACAGGAGCGUCUUUCACGUCUCAAGUCCCUCAGUAAAGGUAAAAAGAAGCAGGUUGCAGAGGAACCUUCUCGUGUCUCACCGUCACCCAUCCCUGAAGAACAAUAUCCAGAACCAGAGCCAGAGGCUUAUCCAGAACCACUCGAAGAUAUUCAGGAGGAAGGCCAAUCUCGCGAAGCCUCACCUGCUGUUCCUCCAAAGCGGCAACGCAGGAGACGUUCACCUACACCUCCUCAAUCACCACUUCCGGAAGGGCAAGGAUGGGUUGCUAAAACAACCUCUCUUACUCGCCAAGAUAGCAACUAUUCUGAUCAAAUUGGUACGGGUGUACGUCGCUCGAAACGUCGUCGUAUACGUCCAUUAGCAAGUUGGGCACUUGAGAGGACAGAUUUCUACGGGAACGUCGUUGGUGGUCCACCAAUAUUCAAUCAAAGUCACUUUGUUGACGAAGGGGAAAAGAAAAGACAUGCAAAAGAAACAGCCAAAAAACGCGAAAAGGAGAAAGAGGCAGAAUAUUAUCGUACACUUGAUGAAAAAACUAAACCAGCUGUACUUAUUCGUGAUGAUCAGGGUAAAGAAUUCAAAAAAGAUUUAGUUUUCACAGCCAAACGUUCUCAUGUUGGUAAAAUCAAGGAAGGAAAGUUGUUUGAAUUCAAGAAAUUCUUCACUGAACCAGAUCAUAUGGCUUCAGGUUUGCUCGUUAUUGAUAAAGAUAAACACAAACCAUCAAAGAGCUCUGGUGAUAAUACAUACGUUUUCUACGUAAUUGAAGGCGCUGCAAAAAUUAUAGUACAUGAAUCUCAAUUCGUUGUUUGCCAAGGAGGCACAUUCAACAUCCCACGUUUCAACGUUUAUUCAAUAAUAAAUUAUGGUCUUGGUCCACUAAAAAUGUUCUUCACACAGAUCCGCAUACCUCCUAAUAAUUACAAUGAAACUGAUGAAGUUACAACCGUGGCUACUACCUCACCGGUUGCUGAUGGUAGUUUCUCAAAUCUCACUAACAAAGUUGACCUCAGCGAUAAUGAAAGUGUGUCAUCAAAUAGAGUUCUUUAUGAUUCAGAUUAAUUGCUUGUUUUGAAUCAUUUUAUAUUUACUUUGUAUUAUUUAUUAAAG